CAGACUCGGGGAGCAAGCCGGAGAGGAGAGAGCCCAGCCGGACCCACUGCGAUGACACAGGACGUGCCCAAGCCCACCCCAGCAGCCCGCCGCUGCUCUGGCCUGGCCCGGCGGGUGCUCACCAUCGCCUUCGCCCUGCUCAUCCUGGGCCUCAUGACCUGGGCCUACGCCGCCGGCGUGCCGCUGGCCUCCGAUCGCUAUGGUCUGCUGGCCUUUGGUCUCUACGGGGCCUUCCUCUCGGCGCACCUGGUGGCGCAAAGCCUCUUCGCGUACCUGGAGCACCGGCGGGUGGCGGCAGCCGCGCGGCGGGCGGCGAAGCGGGGGCCCCUGGACGCGGCCACUGCCCGGAGCGUGGCGCUGACCAUCUCGGCGUACCAGGAGGACCCGGCGUACCUGCGCCAGUGCCUGGCGUCCGCCCGCGCCCUGCUGUACCCGCGCGCGCGGCUGCGCGUCCUCAUGGUGGUGGACGGCAACCGCGCCGAGGACCUCUACAUGGUCGACAUGUUCCGCGAGGUCUUCGCCGACGAGGACCCCGCCACCUACGUGUGGGACGGCAACUACCACCAGCCCUGGGAACCUGCGGCGGCGGGCGCAGUGGGCGCCGGCGCCUACCGGGAGGUGGAGGCCGAGGAUCCGGGGCGGCUGGCGGUGGAGGCGCUGGUGAGGGCGCACCGGUGCGUGUGCGUGGCGCAGCGCUGGGGCGGCAAGCGCGAGGUCAUGUACACCGCCUUCAAGGCGCUCGGCGACUCGGUGGACUACGUGCAGGUCUGUGACUCGGACACAAGGCUGGACCCCAUGGCACUGCUGGAGCUGGUGCGGGUGCUGGAUGAGGACCCCCGGGUAGGGGCUGUCGGGGGGGACGUGCGGAUCCUUAACCCUCUGGACUCCUGGGUCAGCUUCCUAAGCAGCCUGCGGUACUGGGUAGCCUUCAAUGUGGAGCGGGCUUGUCAGAGCUACUUCCACUGUGUGUCCUGCAUCAGCGGCCCCCUAGGCCUAUACAGGAACAACCUUCUGCAGCAGUUUCUUGAGGCCUGGUACAACCAGAAGUUCCUGGGCACCCACUGUACUUUUGGGGAUGACCGGCACCUCACCAACCGCAUGCUCAGCAUGGGUUACGCUACCAAGUACACCUCCAGGUCCCGCUGCUACUCGGAGACGCCGUCGUCCUUCCUGCGCUGGCUGAGCCAGCAGACGCGCUGGUCCAAGUCGUACUUCCGCGAGUGGCUGUACAACGCGCUGUGGUGGCACCGGCAUCAUGCAUGGAUGACCUACGAGGCGGUGGUCUCGGGCCUCUUCCCUUUCUUCGUGGCGGCCACUGUGCUGCGGCUCUUCUAUGCCGGCCGCCCGUGGGCGCUGCUCUGGGUGCUCCUGUGCGUGCAGGGCGUGGCGCUGGCCAAGGCGGCCUUCGCGGCCUGGCUGCGGGGCUGCCUGCGCAUGGUGCUGCUGUCGCUCUACGCGCCCCUCUACAUGUGCGGCCUCCUGCCGGCCAAGUUCCUGGCGCUGGUCACCAUGAACCAGAGCGGCUGGGGCACGUCGGGCCGGCGGAAGCUGGCCGCUAACUAUGUCCCUCUGCUGCCGCUGGCCCUCUGGGCUCUGCUGCUGCUCGGGGGCCUGGUUCGCAGCGUGGCCCAAGAGGCCAGGGCCGAUUGGAGCGGCCCCUCCCGGGCUGCCGAGGCCUACCACCUGGCCGCAGGGGCCGGCGCCUACGUGGGCUACUGGGUGGUCAUGUUGACGCUCUACUGGGUGGGCGUGCGGAGGCUCUGCCGGCGGCGGGCGGGGGGCUACCGCGUCCAGGUGUGAGUCCCGCCUCGCAGGUACUUGCUCAAGGGUCUUACAGGGGAGGCCAGAGGAGACCUGUGGGGCCCCAGGAGCCAUGAACUCGCUGGGUGGUUGUCUGGGCCUCAGUUUCCCUCCUCUGUGAAGUGAGGGGGGGGUCGACCCAAGAUUCUUCAGUCUGGACUAUUGGGGCUGGGACUUCUGGGUCUCUGGGGAGGGGUAUUUAUUGGUCAGGGUGUGGGUUUUAGGGGCAGAGGGGAAAGGGCCCCGCUUUCUCCCUGUUCUUAUUGAACCUCCAUUUGUACUGUGUGAUUAGAAUAUAAUAAAGAAUUUUAUUUAUUUUC